CACACACACACACACACCUGUUUCCCUCUGACAAGCGAGUGGCGAUCCGUCCUUGCCACCCUCGGCUUGGUUUGCUCCACUGUUAGCUCUGCCACCAGACGCUCCGCACGGCCUGGCUUGCCUCCCGGCGCUCGGUGGCCGUCACGCUGUCCCGUGAGACUACCUGCCUCGCUGGCGGAUUUUAAUCAAGAAACUAAUUUUCUCCAAACGUGAGGGAUAUUAUGUGUUCUCAGUGGAUUGUUACGGAAAAGCCAAUGUUUUGUGGAGCCUAGCAUUCUGGAAGAUUAGCAAUUAACGUAUUACCUAUGAUGAAAUGUGCCGGAUUUUGUGUCUGUCUUCCUAAUUUUACCGUUUGUUAAGUGUGAUGGAAAUAUAUGUACACAGUUCUCUGAGCAGAGUGGACAUAUCGACCUCUCUUCUAUAACUACAAUUUAUUCAAAUGAAGGAAGUUAUUGUAGGACAAAACUGAACUCCAAAGUCAACCUAAGCUGGGAGGAAAUACUCGAGUGCGUGGUGGUGUUCUGUGUCCUUGAAAUACAUGAAGGAAACAAAGGAAAGAAGGAAGCAGAGCAAGCCAAGACACUGUUCAUCUUGGGUCAGCAGAUCCUGCUGUGGCGCGGGAUCAGUUAAGCAGUUAAUCGGCAUCGUAAGACACAAAAAGAGGAGGAAGUGGGGUUUAUGACGACACUGACACUGACAAGUCACUGACUGUAAAGUGUGUCUGUGCAGAGAAGACAAUACGUGUGGUGGCGCCUAACCUUGAUUACUGAAGGGAUACAAGAGAGAAAAAAAAUCGGGAAAGAAGCAGCAAAGGGAGGAGGAGGAGAAAGAAGACGAAAAAGAGUUAGGGAUUAAAGAGGAAGAGGACGAUCAGGAAGAGAUGUUGUAAUAAGAUGAGGAGUAAGACAUAAAUUUAAAGGAUAAUGAAGAGAUGUAAAAAGGAAUAAAGAAUAUAAAGAAGAGUACGAAAGACUAAGGAAGAAUAUCAAAAGAUAUUGUCAAAUAAAGAAAAAAGAAAAUUAAACAUAAAGGAGAUACAGGCAAGAGUAGUGACGUAUAAAACAUAAUAAAUAGAUAACAAGAAGUAAUGACUUGUGAGAUGAAGUAAGGAAAUACAAGGACGAAUAAUGAGAAAUACUGAAGAAAGCGGAAAUAUGAUGAAAGAGGAGCCGCAGAUAAUGUCAAUGACAUCUUACUGCCACUCAUUGCCUUCCUCCUCUCCUUCACACAUCUUCCAACCUAACAUAUCCUUCCUUUAGCUAACCAAGCCACUAUCCAGGAGAGAGAGAGAGAGAGAGAGAGAGAGAGAGAGAGAGAGAGAGAGAGAGAGAUACAGUGCUCACCUCCACAUUAAUCCUGGAACAAAGAACAACACCUUCAAUGACCUCAUUCCAGCACAUCAAAGCCAAACCCAUCACAACCACUACCACCACCACUAUCACCACCACUACCACAGCCACCAACCACGACUGUAACAAUAAUAAUGAUCAAAACCACAGUCCCAGUCACAACUCCCACCACAGUCAGAGCCGCACAGAGUCACCAGUAGGACCUUCAAGCCAGCUCUCCUUGUCGCAGCGGCAGUCCUCUUCCCCUACCACCACGUCGCCUUCCCCAGCACCACCCUCGCUCUCCUCUCCGCCACCGCCGCCCCUCCAGAGGGACAUUGCCACCCUUAACAUUCCAAGGAAUGUGCUGCUCCAGGGCCGCCUAGACCAGCUACAGGCGGAGGUGAGUGAGCUGGAGGAACAGAGCGAGCAGUUGGAGAUGCGGGUAAAGAGUUUCUUCCGUCAGCACCAUGCCCUCGCCACUGCCACUGACCAGAUCGACCUUAAACUGGAGACGCUCAAUCGACAACAUAAGGCCCUUUCAUCCUCGUAGUCGUUUGCGUGGCUGAUCUGUGGUAUAAGGAACGCUCUGACACCGUACUCACCCACAACUGACAAAAUAUCAUCGUUUUUAUUUGUACUACUACAUUUUCUUUAAGGAAGAGCCUGGUGUGUGUGUGUGUGUGUGUGUGUGUGUGUGUGUGUGUGUGUGUGUGUGUGUGUGUGUGUGUUUCCUGAUUCAAAACAAACUUGUGUUGAGUGAAAAUGUGGUUACACAACUCUCACCUACAAAAAAAAAAAAAAAGAGAAAUAUUUUCUAUUUAUACACUUAUUUUAUAAAGAGGUCCGAAACUGCUACGUGUGUCAGUAAACCCACAGUUAUAGACUUGAAGUAUUAAUUCUGGACGUUUCGAAGGCCAUCUUCAGCAGUACAAAGCAGAAUGAAAAAUACAAGCGAACUGAACCAAGAGAAAGAGGAGGGAAAGAGGGUGAGAGUAACGUUGCACAUUGUGAUUGGCCAAUCCCACCUGUGAGCUCCACCCUACUCAAACCCUACCAGAACCUGACCUGUCUUUACCACUAAUCCCUAGAUCUGGUAGGGAUUUAGUCACCAGUGCUCUCAUUAAUGGAUCGAGCUUAAACAUGCCUUCAUUUAGAUUAUAAUUCUUAUGGUUCUGUAUACAAACUGAUUCUAAAAUCUUGCGUUUUUUUAAUUGUUACAUUUAAAUAACAUUUGACUAGAAUCCCAAUCACCUGAGUGGUCAUUAUCAAAAACAUGGAUGAAAUUGGCAUUAUUAGUGUGACAAUUCCUGACACUUCUCUUGUUUUUUAACCUCACGUCCAAGGAUCUGCCCGUUUCUCCUAUAUAAACUAAGUUGCAAUCUUUACAAGGAAUUUUAUAUACAUCUUCAACUUUAACACUGAAGAUGAAGGCAGUGGCCUUCGAAACGUCCAGAAUAGAUACAUCAAGUCUAUAUCUGUGGGUUUACUGACAAGUUUACAUUCACGGUAGUGUGCUACUCCAUCCCAUUCCUGCUACGUUUGUGCCUGCGUUUUUUUUCUUUUGUUUUACACAAAACGAACUUGUGCUGAGUGAGAUGGAUGGACGCCAUCACAACUUUAACCCAUCCAUGGAAAUUUAUCGAACAAUAUCCCAUUUUUAGGCUUUAUCUUUACUUUUGUACGAGUCAGUUACACAAAGAAUGCUUCAGAGAGGUUACGUGGACCACUCACCUUUUUUAAGGAUUGUUUUAUAUGUGUGGCCGCUUGGAUGUACUAUAAUGCAUUUCUGGAUACUUCCUUGUCAAAACAUCACUGCAGCGCCGCGUGUUUCUUCUCGUCCUCAUUCCCUCGCCAAGCUGUCGAUAUUUAAAGGAAAAUGGAGCGUCUACAAAAGAGGCAACAAAAUUCCAGGAGCAGAGUGUAAUGCUUAAAAAAAGGAGGGACCUCUAUAAAGACGGGAAGAAACUUAUUCAGAUUAAUCUAAACGAUUACUUCAUUGAUAGAGGUAGUGAAGCAUAACUAAAUAGCACAGUUAAGGCAUUACGGAAACUUUCGUAAUAGAAAGCAUACAAAACGUUUAUAUGGAUUUCAAUGACACCUGUUUGUGACAUUUAUGUUGCAUGCACAGAUACUGGAAUUUGGCCGUCAACGGGGUGGGAG